AUGAUCGAAGAAAAAAGUAAAGUUAUAGAAUUGGCAUACCGUACUUCAAAUAAAUUUGCUGCUCACUGCUAUUCUCUUGAUUUAAUGAUGAGUUCCCGAAAGGUUGGUUCUGGACAUCAUGCAUUGUUUCCUAAAGAAGAAACCCAACUUUAUGAAUGGAUAAUAGAGCUUUGUAAAGAUGGUUUCACAGUUAAUCAUUCUAGUAUUAAAAUGAAAAUGGUUGAAAUUAUGAGAUCAAGUGCAAGACUAGCUCAAGAUGAGGCAGAGAA